UCUCUCUCCUCCCCCCCAUCUCUCUCUCUUUCUCUCUCCUCCCCUUAUCUCCUGUUUCUCUUCAUCUAACUUCAGUCUUAAGCAUAGAAUUGCAUCCCAUACAAUUCAGCUGCUAAAUUACUUGAGUUUCCCUCCCACAUACAUCAGCCUAUUAAAUCCUCCAACCAUCACAGAGCACUCCACAUCGAAGCUCCACCGCAGAUCCCGUCCCCCCCGAAUUCUCGGUCAUCGAAUCACAGGAAUGGGACGGCAUUCCUGCUGUCUCAAGCAGAAGCUAAGGAAAGGCUUGUGGUCUCCUGAAGAGGAUGAGAAGCUCUACAAUCACAUCAUGAGAUUUGGAGUUGGCUGUUGGAGCUCUGUGCCAAAACUAGCAGGGUUGCAAAGAUGUGGAAAGAGCUGUAGACUGAGAUGGAUAAAUUACUUGAGGCCAGAUCUCAAGAGGGGCAGCUUUUCACAGCAAGAAGAGGACUUGAUUAUAUGCCUCCAUGAGAUUCUGGGGAACAGGUGGUCUCAAAUUGCAUCGCAAUUGCCAGGAAGAACAGACAAUGAGAUCAAGAACUACUGGAACUCAUGCCUCAAAAAGAAGCUUCGGCAGAGGGGAAUUGAUCCCAGCACCCACAAGCCAUUGAGUGAGAUAGAAGCACCAGUAGAAAAGCCUGGUUUGAACAAUUCAAGCAGUAGUGGCUCCUUAGAGCAUUUGCCAGUGAAGCCUGUUUUUGAUCCCUUCCCCUUGAUUGAUAUCCAGGCGGGUGUUGAUCUAAUGGAAACCGAUUCGAACCUUUGCAGCCAAAUUCAGCAAACUUUUAAGCCUUUCAAUCAGAAUGAACUGUUAACCAGCUCAGGAUUCUGUGAUUAUAGCAGUCUCCUCGAUGUUUCGGAGAAUUAUGGCUAUGGGGAGAGCUCGAGCAACAGUAGUAAUUGGAACUGCAAUAUUGGAACAGACACCAACUACGUGUUGGGCAAUGAGGUUCUGAACUGGGUUUCCGACAAUAAGGUAUCCUCAUUAACUCAGACACAUAACAAUGGGGUGGAAACUUUUGAACACAAGAUUAGUCCAUGGCAUGAGAAACAGCACCAUGUACAGAGCACAGAUGAUUACAAUAGCUAUCCGAUGAGGUCGCUGUCUCGAGACCUAACAGAAGCCUGCCUUGAUAUACCUCGAGGGGAAUUGGCGAGUGAAUUCAAUGUGGAUUUCUUUUGAGUUCUUGACAUUCUCCUGCUCUCCCUCUCUCUCAGACUUUCAAAACAUUUGAAAAAUUGUGAAAGAUAAGAGGUCGAACUUUUUAUCUGUAUUUUGCUUCAGUUUUCUAUUACUCUUUUCUUCUGUAUUAUGGUCAUAGAGGAAUAAAUAAUGUUAUAGCGGUGUGGCCAAAA